AUGCGCGCCUACACUACUGCUUAUGUUGCGUCAUCCACUCGCUGUCGAGCCAGAAAGUAUCUUAACCAGAAGCCUGCAGCCCUUCUUCAACAGUUGCUCAUCCCUUCUCGUCGAUGGGCGCACGUGAGUCUCGACUUUAUCACAGAUCUUCCCCUUACAACGACAGGGCACGGCUCGAUUCUUGUCCUGGUCGAUUCCCUCAGCAAGAUGGCCCAUUUCGAUCCUGCAAAGAAGUCAUUCUCAGCAGCAGACACCGUGGAGCUUCUCGCAGGCCGUCUUAUCCGCUAUCACGGUUUUCCAGAGGUGCUCAUAUCGGAUCGCGACCCCCGUUUCCAGUCGGAUCUUUGGAACCAACUCUGUCGCCGCUUUACCAUCAAACGGUGCAUGUCCUCGUCCUACCAUCCCCAAAGCGACGGCCAAACUGAACGGGUUAACCGCACACUGGAGCAGAUGCUUCGUACCUAUAUCAAAUCUGACGAACGCGAGUGGGAGCUUUUGCUUCCGGCCUUGGAACUUGCCUACAACGCAACAAGUCAUUCAUCCACUGAGCUCUCUUCCUUCGAGGUCAUGGUUGGCGACAACCCGUUGACUGCUGCGGACCUUGAUAUCGUAGGCGCGUUAGCUCCUACGCUCACUCCUCCGAUGACUAAGCUUUUCCGGCAGCUCUGCGACAGAGCACAUAGUCACAUCCUGAAGGCAAAAUGGCAGCAGAAGUACGCAGAGACAAAGCGUCGAGCAGUGGGGUAUGUACUGGGAGACAAGGUUUGGCUCAGUAGCAAGCACUUACCUCCUUUCAACCGCUGCCCUAAGUUCGGGCCCCUUUACCGCGGACCCUUUGAAGUCAUCGAACGCAUAGGGACCGUCGCUCACCGUCUCGUUCUGCCUCCCACCUAUGAAUGCCAUCACGUUUUCCAUGUUUCGAAGCUAGUUCUCCACCGCCCCCGCCCUCCCGACUUGGUUCUCCCGGAAGCCGACGCCGCCUGGCCUCCUAUCCGCGAUACAGCAGGCAAUCCAACGGAGGAGUAUGAAAUCGAUUAUAUUAUGGGCCAAAGUGGCUCGGGAGAUGCAGCCCGGUACCUCGUGAACUGGCGCGGGACCCCUGAAGAUCAAGCCACAUGGGAGCCAGCUCACCACCUUACAGGCUGCCCGGCUUUGCUUCGCGCUUGGCGCCGCCGCCAACGAAGACGUCUUCAGGCUCGAAACAACAUUGGUCCUUCCGAGGCGUAG